AUGAAACACAUUUCAGCACUGGUUUUGCUCCUUCUCCUGGGAAUGUCCUCAGCACGCAGCUAUCAAAAUGUGGCCCUGCGUGGCAAAGCAACCCAGUCAUCCCGUAUCAAUGAGGUAUUGUCGGCUGCCUACGCUGCAAUUGAUGGAAACCGUGAUUCUGACCUUCGCCAUGGAUCAUGCUCGCACACCUAUCAACAGACCAACCCCUGGUGGAGAGUGGACUUGCUCGAGUCCUACAUUGUCACUUCCCUCACCAUCACCAACAGAGGAGACUGCUGUCAUGAAAGGCUCAACGGGUUGGAGAUCUACAUAGGCAACUCUUUGAAUAACGAUGGCUUAAUAAACCCAAAGGUUGGAAAAAUUUCUGAAGUUGGUGCAGGCAAAUCCUACACUGUGAAUUUCGCUGGUCGUGUGGAGGGGCGUUAUGUAACCUUAACUCUUCCUGGUUCACAAAGGAUCCUCUCACUCUGUGAAGUGGAAGUCUAUGGAUAUCACGCUCCAACUGGAGAAAAUCUUGCACUUCAAGGAAAAGCCUCACAGUCCUCACUCUAUACAAUUGGUAUUGCCUAUAAUGCCAUCGAUGGAAAUCAAAACAGCAUAUGGAAUGGGGCAUCAUGCACUCAUACAAAACAUGACUUCAGUCCCUGGUGGCGACUCGAUCUGCGCAAAACUCAUAAAGUUUUUUCUGUUAAGGUAUUGAAUGUAAUAGAUUCUCUCCCACAACGACUAAAUGGAGCCGAGAUCCGCAUUGGAGAUUCUCUUGAAAACAAUGGCAACUAUAAUCCCAGGUGUGCUGUGAUCUCAAGCAUCCCAGGAGGUUCCAUUCAAGAGUUCCACUGUAACGCGAGUGACGGGAUGGGGAUGGAUGGCCGCUAUGUUAACAUAGUCAUCCCUGGAAGACAUGAAUACCUGACUCUGUGUGAGGUGGAAGUGUAUGGCUCUGUCCUCGAUUAGCUGUAAAGCUUGU